AUGGCACGCCGGUUCACACCACAUUCUACUAAGGAAAUCGCUUCAAAUAACCGAAACCAUCCCGACAUUGGCUUCAUCGGACCCCGACUGACCCUGGAACUCGUCGAAAUUGAAGAAGGAAUCGAUGAGGGAGAAGUUCUCCAUAGCAUAAUGCGAAGACUGCAGAUGAACUGAUAAAACUGAGAGUUUAUAUGGACAAGAAGAAGCAGAUAAAGUAUCACCGUGUGCAGGAGCAACGUGUUAUUCGAGGACGUACGCUUGUCAAGGGGCAACAGGAUGCUGAGGAGGCAGAGGUGAAGGCAAUUCGAGAGAAUGCUACACGUAAGCAACCUGCUACUACUGAACAAGUUGAAGAAGUUGAAAAUCAGAAGGAGAAGGAUAGAGAGAUUGUGAUGAAUCGGGAGAGUGUUGAAAUUGGAGAAAAAUAA